AUGUUCUCUCUGUCGUUUCCGCUCGCCCCCCUCAUCUUCACGGGCUUCUGCUCCUCGCUCAUAUUCACUAAAUUCAUCACACUCGGUACACACUUCCACGCGGUGCCGUUCCUGGCCUUCGUCUUCUACCUGCCGACGUUUUUCCUCUUCGACUUCAUUGCAAUAUGUUUUCUUAGAUUCCUCCUGAACCCUGUACGCGGCUGGUUCAGCCUGUUGGGCUUCAUCAUUGGCAUUCUCAUCUCUCUAUUUACUUUGUGUGGUGCCGCUUCGCAGCUGGGUUUCUUCUACAAGACGGGUGGUGAGCUUGCCUGGCAAGAGGCAACUUCGUUCGCGACCAACAAGGAUGGAUUGAAGGUCUUGCUCUCCGGCAGCUGGGCUGUGCUCGCCUCCGCUGGUCUCCUCCUGGGUGUUUCCUUUCUCCUACAGACCCUCUGUUACCGAGUUGUGGGCGUGUUCAACGCGGCACUUGGCGCAAACUUCAUAUUCCCAGUCGCGCAGUUCGUCCUGAUCAGAUGCCAAAGGGCCCAGUUCCUCAUUAUCCGGAAGACACAGUACUAUCUCCUCAGGGGACCAGCACACGAUGAGGAGUCGGAAGUCGGGUCCGUCAACUCGGACCUCCCAAGCAGCCUUGAUUCGGAUUCCGAGAAGGACGAGGAGGGUGGUAGCCAAGGAAAAUUGGCACGUAUGAUGAUCCAGAUGCGAGAUUGGUGGGCGAUCAGGGUGGCCGUUGUGCUCUUCUUCCUAGUCGCCUUGAUUGUUCGCCCUCACCGGCCAUACGACCACAUGACGGUCACCCUGCCAGUGUCAAUGCUUAACAUCUUCAGGCCCGAGUCAGACUACUGCUCUGAGCAACGACGAAUUCACGUUAAUCCGUUCCCCUUCCCGCAUCUUCUCUCCGAAAAGAACUGGGAGGCGCCCAACGAGCACUUCAGGGGCUGGGCCCCUGGUUCGCGGAACGAGCAGGUCCUCAAUUACCGAUAUUGGAGUCCUGAGUGGAUGCCCGAGGAGGUUCACCGAGGAUUCGAGAGAUGGGAUCCUAGACGCAUCCCUGAAUACUCACCUUUCUACAACCCAGUUGACGACCCAUUGAAGAUCUCGAACUUGGACAACGACAUCCUCAAGCCCCUCAAAGGAGCUCUGUCGGACGGUUCAGUCAAGAUUAAGCAUGUUGUGUAUAUCCUGAUGGAGAGCUUGCGCGAAGAGCUCUUCCCGCUGCAGCAAGACUCUUUCAUCCACAAGAACAUUUUGAACGCGAACGAGGAGGAGGAGAGGGACGAGAUGAAUCGCCGCCUUGCGGAUGUGACACCCCAUAUCGAGAUGAUCACUGGUGUUGCGGGCAAUUUCAGGGCCGCCAACGGAUCUUCAUACGAGCGCUCGAAGCUCAAAUGGCAAGACUCCAGCAAGGAGGGUUUCGGAGGUAUCAACAUCGUUGGAGGAACGACGGGCUCGACAAUGUCCACAAAGAGUUUCGGGACCAACUUCUGCGGCACGUGGGGUAUGCCUGUCGAGAAAUUCGAGGAGUACGCGACGGACAGCUACCAGCCUUGCCUGCCGCAGAUCAUGGGUCUAAUGAACGAGUUCAAGAGCGACGACAGCAAAUCGGACGACUACAGGGAGUGGAAGUGGCAUCCCAAGUUCUUCAUGUCCGUCACGGAGGGCUACGACCACAUGGACAAGUUUGACCGCAAGAUUGGUUUGGAGGACCGGGUGUGCGAGGCCGAGCUGAAGGACGACAUCGAGCGCAACGUCACGAGCGGCGAGGGCCAGAAGAUCGGCUACUUUGGCUUCGCCGAGCCGAUCCUGAAGCCCUACAUCACCGAGUACCUCACCAACGCGACCAAGAACAACGAGCGCAUCAUGAUGGCGCACUUCACCAGCACCACCCACCACCCCUGGGAGCUUCCCUCUUACUUCAACAUGACCGACUACAUGCCGAGCAGCGGCAUGCAGAACUGGCACAAGGACUUCAACAAGUACAUCAACACGAUCCGCUUCCACGACCUCUGGAUGGCGGAGCUCAUGGCGAUCUUCGACGAGCUGGGCAUCGCCGACGAGACCCUCAUGGUCUUCGCCGGCGACCACGGGCAGGCGUUCAAGGAGGACGCCCGCAAGACGGGCACGUACGAGAACGGCCACAUCAGCAACUACCGCGUCCCCAUCACGUUCCGACACCCGCACCUCCCCCGGUACCAGUACAAUGUCAACGCGACGACCGUCUCCACGCUCCCCACGAUCCUGGACCUCCUCAUCAACUCGGGCUCCCUCAACGAGAAGGACAAGACCAUCGCCUCCGACCUGAUCCAGGACUACGAGGGCCAGUCCCUGAUCCGGCCCUACAAGACGAGCCACAACGGGCGCCGCGCGUGGAACUUUGGCAUCACCAACUCGGGCGCCGGCAUGCUCGCCGUCACGAGCGCCGACUCGCCGUGGAGGCUGGUGAUGCCCCUCGACAAGACGUUCGAGUACAGCCUGAGCAACCUCGAGGAGGACCAGCAGGAGGAGAAGGCCCUCACGGCCUGGACGUUCAAGGACCUGCUCAAGAGCGUCAAGAAGGACAUGGGCGAGGGGGCGGUCGAGUGGGCCAAGGAGGCCGAGGCCAUCGGCAAGUGGUGGAGGAAGGACCGCCAGCGGUUGUGGCGGUAUCACGAGAUCGAGGAGACAUGA